AUGAGGCCGGAGGAAAAAUCUGAAGACGAGAUCAGCGUCGGUUGUCCGAGCCCGCCCAAGUACGAUUCCGACGCAUCUGAAAUCCACGACGAUUACUUCAAACCACUGAAAAAGUUGAAGAUGGUGCAGAUAGACAAAGUGACUUAUUCUAUAUCAAGCAGCAAGAAGAAGAAGAGGCCGCGGCGGCAGAGUUUGGAAUCGGCCGAAACGGGGACGAACGGCGUUAAAUCGUUUUCGAUCCUGGACAUUCUGAAUCACCGGCCGGCGAGGGAGUCGAGGAUCGUGAGGCCGUGGGACGAAGGAGGAUCCUGCCUGCCCGCCCACCGCGGCCUCCUCCCGCCCCCGCCUAUCUUGUACAGGCCCAAAUCCGCGGACAUGUACGAGACCUGCAGUUCCGGGAGGUCGAGCACUUCCGAAUGCUGCACUUCCCCGGACAUCGUGCCCUGCGGCCGCCAGCAGCAAGGCAGGAAGCCCAAAGACACCUCCCCGCUGGACGCACUCUUCCAGAUGACCUCCAAGACCUUCGAGGAGCUCAACGGAGAGUCAGGCCAAGAUGGCCAAGGCAGCCACAUGAUGUACAACAACCGACAGCAACCAAAGAAGAAACGCAAGUCGAGAACUGCCUUCACGAACCACCAGAUCUUCGAGCUGGAGAAGAGGUUCCUGUACCAGAAGUACCUGUCGCCUGCGGACAGGGAUGAGAUCGCCGGACAGCUGGGGCUGAGCAACGCCCAGGUCAUCACCUGGUUCCAGAACCGGCGGGCCAAGCUGAAGAGGGACAUGGAGGAGCUGAAGAAGGACGUGGAGACCGCCAAGGCCUUCGCGAACCAGCAGAAGUCUUUCCUGGAGAGCGUGCACAGUUUCAGCAUGCUCAAGAAGAAGCCGCUUCCGACGGAAGAGGAGUCCCUCUCCAUGGAGAAGUGAACAUGUCUUUCUCUGUUAAUAGUUGUAUUUUUCUUGUAAAGAAAAUCCCACCACGUUUGAAAGAAGAUGUCGGCAAUUGCGUCUAAUCCUGACAAUAUGUAAGAAAAAAAUUUUUAAGAAGGUGUUCGAAUUUCACCUAUUCCUUCCAAUGAGCAAUAACUGUAACUGUUUCUAAUUUUUGUUUUCAUUUAUGUAUUCAUUCGAAUUUAUGUUAUAUCUUUUAUAAAAUUAUUUGGAGUUAUUAAUAUAACUCAGUAAAAGUAAUAAUCUUGCUAAAAAAAAUAUUUUUAUGAACAGAUUAUUAUUAUAAUUAUAUAAAUAAUAGGGCUGAAAAGGGGAAUAAAAUUAAAAACUUCAUCAGAAAUAUAAGAUGUAGUUUGACAUAAGUCCAGAUACAAUGAUGAAUAAUACAUACAAGAUAAUAGAAAUAUAAUAUAAAUAUAUAUAUGUACCUACUU